UCGAACUGCAGAGAGCGGGGGGCGGGGGACGUAAACAGAAGGCGCAGACAGAUCUGGAAAGAUUAUAGAUUAAAUUCAGUGCACAGGCAAGCAAUUAGAAGAGGAUCUGUUCGUUGUGCCGAGGAUCAAGAGAUCUAACUCUCCAAAGGACUGGGCGGGUGUGUGUGUGUGUGCGUGCUGUGUGAACGACAGUCAACCGGUAGAAAGGCGGGCUGGGCUCUCAGCGCUGAAGGGUGAAGUUUGCGGGCGCCUGAAUUACCUCCAGAAGGACAUCCAAGCGAGAGGCUCUGACCCACAUAUUGAACUGCUCUCCACUGAACGCUUCUACAAGUGCCAUCAGAUUGCCAAUAUAUUACUUGUGUGUCCGCUUUUUUAAAGAAAAAAAAUUAAAGCGACAUCCUUCUAGGAAGGGGCGGAGCGAGGAGUUACCAAGCCCUUUCCCCACCGAGCAUCUUGCUGGCUUUCCUUUGCAACACCAAGUUCAUCCCCUUCCCAACUUCUUAGCAAAGCUAGAUAAUUUCUCUCCCCGUCCGGGUGUGUGUGUUUCUAAAAUCCCGGAGAACGAGAGAGAGAGAGAAAACUUCUUAACUGCUAAAGCGUCAGUCGACAACCACACCGGGGGUGGUGGUGGUGUGUGUGGCUGUGGAAGGGCGAGAGAGACCGCGAGAGAUCUGACCUGCUGGUCGGUCAAAGGAGAGAGAAAGCCCAAACAAGGCGAGGAGCUGUUGUGUCUGGUCCGGGAUGGUGUGUUUCACCUGCGGGCAGGAUGGGAUGCUUUGCAGCCGCUGCUGGCUAACUCUGGGCUGGAAAGACCGAAGCUGAGCCGCAGAGUUGCUUUGCAGAAAAAGAAAAAGGCACCCCGAAGUCACCCUCCCUGCCCAGCCACGACCGAGAGCGCGGGCGGAGAAGAAGAGCUACAGACGAGAGGAGGAGAGCAUUACCUAGCGGGCCAGCAGCAGCUGCAUCUCGGUCCCUUUCUCUCUCCCCCCUCCCCUUCCCCUUUGCCCACACGCUCACACACACACCCCCCUCCUCCUCCUCCUCCUCGCUUCCCCUCGCUCGUUCCUGGGGUUGCAGCCAGAGGCUCAUUAGCAAGAGGGAGGGCGAGGACUCUCUCGCGUCUCUUCUCGACAUCGUCUGGUUCUUCGUCGCUCCCAAGUUGGCCGGCAGUUUGGGAAGCAGCCGGGGAGUUCCGCAAGCCCUUGACGCUUCCAGCCGGCCCAAGCCCAUCUCUGCCGGCUGGAAAGGAUCGCGAGUCAGCCGGAGCGGAGAAAGAAGCCGCUGAAGUUUCUGGAUUUCGGGCGUCUCUGGCUCGCCCGGCUCGGGGCUGCGGCGUCCGGGCUGCAAGCGGCGUGGGUUUUCUUUCGGGCAAAGCUCCGGAGCCGAGAAGCCGCCGGGCGGGGCGGGGUUGCCCUGGCUCGCUUCGCGUUGCCCGCCCGGCCCCCGACUCCCUCCUCGCCCCUUUUAUCUUGGCAAUGACGGCUCUCCGUUGGGGGGCUCUUUCUGUGGCUGCAAACUGACUGGGCGCGCAGCAGCUCGCCAGCAGCUCCCCGGAAGGCGCGGGCAGAGUUGACUUGGCCAAGCGGGGCCGAGGGCGGCUCACCCGGGGUCGUCCGUUCCUGCCGGGCCGAGCGGGGCCCCGGAGGAGAGCAUUUCGGGGCAAAGCAUCCUCGCCCGCUCCUCCUCGGACUAACCGCCCGAUGCUGCCGUGGAUUUUUGGGGUCUGGCUGCUCUUUUUCGCUGGCUAUGAAGCUUCUGCCUUGAAGAUGGAGACGAUCUGGGUGUUCUUCCUCUCUCUGGUCCCGGUAUACACCAGGGGACAAGGGGCCUAUGCUCCUUCUCAGGCACAGAUCAUCCAUGCUGGACAGGCAUGUGUUGUAAAGGAAGAUAACAUCAGUGAACGAGUGUACACUAUUCGGGAGGGUGAUACCCUUGUUCUGCAGUGUUUGGUUACAGGGCACCCACGGCCACAGGUGAGGUGGACCAAAACUGCUGGCAGCGCCUCGGACAAAUUCCAAGAGACAUCGGUGUUUAAUGAGACACUUCGGAUUGAGAAGAUCCAGAGGCUGCAGGGGGGCCGCUAUUAUUGUAAAGCAGAGAAUGGGGUUGGGUCCCCCGCCAUCAAGUCCAUUCGAGUAGAUGUGCAGUAUUUGGAUGAGCCUCUCCUCACUGUCCAUCAGACCAUCAGUGAUGUACGUGGCAGCUUCUACCAGGAGAAGACAGUUUUUCUCAGGUGUACCAUCAAUUCCAAUCCACCUGCACGGUUCAUUUGGAAACGAGGUUCAGAGACACUUUCUCACAGUCAAGACAAUGGAGUGGAUAUCUAUGAGCCAUUGUACACACAGGGAGAAACCAAAGUCCUGAAGCUGAAAAAUCUGCGACCCCAAGACUAUGCCAGUUACACAUGUCAGGUGUCUGUUAGAAAUGUCUGUGGUAUUCCUGACAAGUCAAUCACUUUUGAUCUUACCAACACAACAGCUCCACCAUCCCUGAAGUUGUCUGUGAAUGAAACCUUAGUGGUGAACCCUGGGGACAAUGUCACCAUACAGUGCUCAUUGACUGGUGGGGACCCAUUGCCCCAAGUGAUUUGGUCCCAUUCACCCAGCCCUAUGCCUCCCAAUAGCCUUGUGCAAAAGGGCAAACUCACCAUCUGGGGCAUCCGUGUGGAAGACUCAGGGUACUACAACUGCACAGCUAUCAACAAUGUGGGGAAUCCAGCCAAGAAGACAGUGAACCUGCUGGUGCGAUCCAUGAGGAACGCAACAUUCCAAAUCACUCCUGAUGUGAUCAAAGAGAGUGAGACCAUCCAGUUAGGGCAGGACCUGAAGCUCUCAUGUCACGUGGAUGCUGUCCCCCAAGAGAAGGUUUUCUACUUCUGGUACAAGAAUGGGAAGUUGGUCAAGCUCUCAGACCGACUUGUGGUCAUCAGGAAUGACCCUGAACUCCCACCAGUGACCAGCAGCCUGGAGAUAAUUGACCUCCGCUUCACUGACUAUGGCACAUACCUGUGUGUAGCCUCCUUCCAAGGAGCACCCAUCCCUGACCUCAGUAUUGAGGUGAACAUAUCUUCAGAAACAGUGCCUCCAACCAUCAUGGUACCCAAGGGCCAGUCUGCUGUCACUGUCCGCGAAGGCUCCAGAGCAGAGCUGCAGUGCGAAGUGCGAGGAAAGCCCAAGCCUCCCAUUAUCUGGUCUAGGGUAGAUAAGGAGGCUCCCAUGCCCUCAGGUGCAAUGACUGUGGAGACUGGCGAUGGGAAGCUGCACUUGGAGAGCGUGACUCGAGAAAUGAGUGGAACUUACAAAUGCCAGACAGCCAGGUACAACGGCUUCAACAUUAGACCCCGAGAAGCCCUGGUUCAGCUCAAUGUACAGUUUUCCCCAGUGGUGGAGCCUGUUUCCCUAGAUAUCCGGCAAGCCUUGGGUCGCAGUAUCACCCUUCGCUGCACCAUGCUAAAGGGGAGCCCAAUGAAAGUGGCUACAGCUGUCUGGAGAAUCAAUGGAAGUCUGCUAACUGUGCCUCCUGUAGAACAACAGGAAUACUCUGAAUAUAAAGUGAACAAUGUGAGCCGGGAGACAAGUGGCAACUAUGAAUGCAGCAUUUCAAAUGAUGUUGGAGUGGCAACCUGCCUCUUCCAGGUAUCUGCUAAAGCUUAUAACCCAGAAUUUUAUUAUGACACACCUAACCCCAUCAGGAAGCAAUCCAAGAAUUACUCCUAUAUCUUGCAGUGGACACAGAAGGAACCUGAUGCUGUUGAUCCCAUCCUGACUUACAGGCUGGAUGUCCAGCAGCUGAAUCACAGGUUCUUGCCUCCCAAAUAUAUUCCUGUGAAGAAGAUGGAGAAGGGCAUGCUGCUAGAACACAUCCUGACUGACCUGAAGGUGCCCCAUAGUUAUGAGGUUCGCUUGACACCUUUGACCCGCUUUGGGGCCGGAGACAUGGCUGCUCGUACUAUUCGCUACUUAGAACCACUCAGCUCCCCCAACCCAAUAGAUAACAUCUGCCACUUUGAGGAUGAGAAGAUCUGUGGCUACACACAGGACACAACAGACAACUUUGACUGGAUUCGACAGAGCAGUCUUACCUAUGAUCCCAAACGCACUGCCAACACAGGCCCAACAGUGGAUCUCAGUGGCACACAAGAAGGCUAUUACAUGUUCAUUGAAGCCUCCAAGCCUCGGGUGAAAGGAGACAAAGCCAGGUUAAUCAGCCCAGUGUACAAUAUCACUGCCAAAUUCUGUGUCUCUUACUACUACCACAUGUAUGGGAAGCAUAUUGGCUUCUUAAAUCUCUGGGUUCACGUGAAGAAUAAGCAGCCCACUCUAGCCUUGUCACUCAGUGGGAACAGAGGAAAUACCUGGCAACAAGCACAUGUACCUAUCAACCCUGCAGGACCUUUUCAGAUCAUCUUUGAGGGUGUCUGUGGCACAGGCUUCGAGGGAGAUAUUGCCAUUGAUGAUGUCACCCUUAAAAGGGGGGACUGUCCAAGGAAGCCAAUUGUCCCAAAUAAAGCAGUUGCCCUUCCAGGGAACAGUGCCCCCACCCUACACAAAUCUUCCCUCUGCGGGCUGCUACCUUUCUUCCUUUAUGUGCUGCUCAGAUGAUAGCAAGCAACGGCUCCUGUCUUCUAACCAAGACAUUCCUCCUCCUUUCCUAUUUGGUCACCUCUGUUCCUCUUCCUCCCCCUCCUCACUGGCACACCAAAGUGUCCAUAUGUUACCAAAGACUAACAAGCAUGACCACCCAAAGGGGAUCCAACUCAGAGCCUGAGGGAUUCCUGGAGGAAGUCAUAAUGCGUGAGAACAAAAAAAAAAGAAGAAGAAAAACAACAAAAGUACCCAAGAAAGAGAAAGUGGGAGGAAAUAAUGGAAAGAAGAGAUACAAAUGCUGGAUUAAAAGGCAAAGCUGAGAAUGGGAAAAAUAUUUAAAGGAUGGAUGAAACAAAAAAACACGUUUCCUUGGGAACGAUGAAUGGGACUUCCUCAGGGAAGUGGAAACUUUGUUUUAAACAAAAACAAUAUAUUAAAGCACAAAUUUCUACUAGAACUGUUACCUUCUUUACUGCGGAGCUACGGUUUAGGAGACCUUCUAGCACAGAGCCUCCCUUCUGGAUCUCGGUGCUAUUACUUUCCCUGGCUGUCUCUGGCUACAACCUAUCUGCUGCAGCACGUCCUCACCCUUUCAAAAUAGCAUCCCAUUCGUCUCCAUUGGGGGCCCACCCCUUCCCCACGUGCUGGUGACCAUACAACCUUGCCCCCCACUGCUGCAUGUGCUCCUGAGUAUCCAUAUGCAUUUUCAAGAUUAUCAUGUAUUUACUAGUCCAUGUGCCAUUUGCUUUGGUCCAUCAGUCACACUUUUUUGACCCCAGCUUCAGCUCAAGGAACAAAGCAGAGAAACAGACCUGUUGUGGAGAUGGAUGGAAAAACCUGGGACAGACAUUAGCUGCUGGAUCAGCUGUUAAUACCCCCUCCUCCCAGUAUUUUUGUUCAUUUAUUUUUGCUUUCUCAAGCUGCACUCAGCUCACUUCCUUUGCUCUUAGUUCUGUUCACCACCGUGGAGACGAACCAGCACAGGGACUGAGAAUGAAUGCCUAUUGGGGGGACCAAGGCAGGGUAAUGUUGACAUUGAAUCAGUCAGACUCAAAGCAUGAGCUACAGAAGCCUUGGGACAAAGAUCUUGUCUCCAUGUUUGUUUUGUUUUCUCUUCCAUUCCCUUUCUAUAACUCUGUCCCCACAGACAGGAUGAGGUUUUUCUUAAUCAGAGGGAAUUGUAUACUACCUUUUAUCUUCUUCUAUGCCUUGCACAACUUAUCCCUCAUGACAUCUGAAAUUGCAACUGUUGCUUGUUAACUGUGGCAUUUACCUUGGCACAUUAUUAAUAAUGGGACGGGAUGUGGAUGACAUGGUGUUUGGUUUAGUACUGAAGGAUGAGACAGCUGUAUGUCAGUUGCACUAUUUUAAGAUAGGAGAGACAGGAAACCCUCCAGCAAGGAUUGGGGAAAACAGACUGCGUGAUGUUAAAAAGGAAUAUGUUCACAGGGGAAAGGAGUGAGAUAAAGUCAUGCUAUGGCUAUGCGAGAAUAAUAGAGGUCUCAGGAAAGUCAGCUUGUUGUUUUCAUCUGGGCAUUACCGCGCUUUUAUCACUAGGUUUACCUGUAUGUUAGGGAGGAUAAUGUUCUCUGUUGUUCUAGCAGGUAACAAGGCAGAGCUUUGGAUAAUAAACUGCUGUGCAUAUA